AAGGUGAGCAAGAAGAAGCUACAGAAGCAGAAGAUUGCCGCGAGCAGGAGCGAGGGCGGCAUGUAGAGAAGAAUCAGCUUAAAUCUGAUUUGUUAUUUUUCAGUGUUAAUAAAUCCUUACAGCCAUUCUA